UAGAAUUGUCCUCUUGUCGAAAUUGUACAUCAUGUUGGCCUUGCUCGUAAUUUUAACUCUAGCUUCUAACCACGAAGUACUUGGGACGACUGGAAAGGGACUAGAACGUCACAGCGAACUCCACGAAGCUAAAAAUCUCAUCGACGCACUAUCGUCUAAACUUAAUUUGAACCUUCAAACGUAUCAAAGCAAAUAUUAUAAGCUGAAGCAACAAUCGAAUGAGAUGUCGGCUCGAAGUGGUUCAACGAAAGACGAAAUUAGGCUUCUGAAGAAGUUGAAGGGGCUUCUGAAUGAUCUUACACAAAAUAGCUUAAUAUGUGAAAAAUUUUACACCAGCUUCGAUUUCACUAUCUCCCGAAAAAUAAUGUUGAACUCUAGCACUUUAGUACCAAAGGAUUAUACUGUUACAUUGCAAGUGAACCAUCGUGAAUUAAUCGACAAUGAUCUGGCCUUACCAAACGGAAACGAUUUAAGAGUGUAUUUUUACAACAACAAAGACUGUCAACCACGAGAACUGGACCGCAUCGUUGAGAAUGUCGCAACAACGAAGACAAAAGUGUUGUUUAAAUUACAAGAAGACUUUACCAAAACACUGCGUGAUGGGUCUGCCUACUACAUAGUUUACGGAAACAAGGAGGCAGAUAGAGCGAAACAAAAUCCAGAAAAUGUCUAUCUAUUCUACGAUGAUUUUUCUGACCAAAACUUUGGGAAAAGGUGGCAGAAAAAUUGGGGCACUGUUACUGUCGAAAAUGGCGUGUUGAAAUUGAAUACUGACAGAACACCGACCGGGGAUUAUGCUGACAUUUCGGUGUUCGUUAAAAACGGAGAGGAAUGGAAAGACAUCGAAGUAGAAUUGGAUUUUAAUGAACUCAGAUCAAACGUUGCGCCAGGGCCAUUUCUGCGAGUCCACGAUGCAAAAAUACGAAGUACCACAGCGUGGUGGUUUGAAUAUGUGACAGGAAGAAAAGUUAAUUUUUGUACGAUGCGACCUUACCAGAACAAUCAGGAUGGCAAAUGGUUGUACGCGAGAAACCGUGCUUCAAUAUUAUCCGCUGGAACAUGGUAUCAUGCCAAGUAUCGUGUUGUUGGUGACAGGUUUUUCCAUUGGCUCAACAACAAGCUUAUCCACGACAAUUUGCAGGUGGCCUCGAAAUGGAUGAUUACCAAAGGAACUUUCGGCCUGGGUUGCCAUUCGCAUACGGCUGGAUGUCGUACAUCCUAUGAUAACAUCAAAAUAACAAAAUAUAUUCCUGUUUUACCGACGUCAGUAUUCUUGGGGAAGGAAUGCAAAGUUGAUUUGGCGAAAUUUCGCGGGAUAGGUACCGAAAUGAAUCCUGCAACAUCCUGCAAGCAAAUACACGACGUCUCGCUGUUAGAUGGCAAACACAGGCUGAAAAAUGGCGUAUAUUGGAUUAAGACGUCCGCUGACCGUUCUGCACCGACCUACUGUGAUAUAAAUAACGGCGGAUGGACAUUGAUUGGAAAGGUCGGUGGUUUCGUUGAUGGAUUGUAUAAGUACUGGCUCAUCAAGGAUUAUAACCUUCACGCAUUAAAAAGCCCUGCUUUGCCAAGUCAAGUCAGUUGCAUCGAUGCCCGUUACCUAGCAACAUAUCACGCGUCAACAGUGAUGUUUUCCAGCGGUGACAAUCAAACGACUAUUGGCUCAAAAUGGGUGCAAUGGUCCCUGCCUGAAGGACGAGAAAGUGACAGUUUGUGGACACACAGUGUUGGUUACGAGACUGUGAAGAAGGCAAAGAUGUAUCAUGUUACCGUUAAUGCCUGGAACGGGAAUACAAAGGUAUGCUACCAAAACAAAUAUGCAAUAAUGCCUCACCCCCAACACGGUGGCUCCUAUCCCUCAGCUUCAUACAACACGGCAGGCAACACACGUACGAACGACUAUUGUAUGGCCGUUGGCGUGCUAAAAUCGGGGAGAACUGCCGAUGGAUGGAGACAGAAUGCGAACGGAUAUGAUUCCCCUCGGAGCAAUUCUGAUUGGCCAAACUCGCGGUACAAUCAUCAGUCGCCCUUCGUCACAGUUUGGGUGAAAUGAAGAAAUUUCCUCACAAUUUUUACACACGUUCUACUGCACACUUUUUUGUACUCAAUAUAUAUGCUGAUUGAUAUGGCCACAUCUUAAACUAGUAUAUAUAAUCAAGAUAUAAUCUAUUUAUAUGUAAACAAAAGCACCACUCGUUGUAUUUAACAACUCUA